CGGCACAGCCGAGUACUGCACCAGUAGCAGCAACAGCACCAGCACCAGCUAGAUCUAAUAAUGGGACACAGCGGAAGAAGAAAUUCCGUCAACGCCGGUCAACAGGUCAACAGCUUCGUCUUGAUGGACGAUCGCAUAGUUGAUGUAAUUUCCUUGGAAAAAACUUAUUCAUCUCGGACAGUCAAAUGCCUAAGCAAGCUGAUUUGUUUAUGCUGGAUCUCUGACACUGAGCUGGCGGGUGGAUUGGACGACGGUCAUCUGAUGAUGUUCAACGUGGACGACGGUGACGAAGAGACUAUGAAUCACGAGUUAAAGCAAAAUUUGCACAAUAAACAUCCGGUGCCUGCUGACUUGCAUGUUGAUUACGGAGGCGGAUGAAUUGGGUUUACAAGUACCCUCAG